CCCUUUUUUCUGAUCACCGUGGUACAGUCGGCCAGUGUCAUGGCGCUGCUAGGGAGACUGGCUGGAAAAUGUUGUCGGUCUUUACUGUCUGAGCCCUCUAAAGGUCUUUUCUGUGGUGUUUUACAGCCGGUUUGGAUUAAGAGCUGCGUUGGAGCCAAGAGACAUUUAUUGUCUGAAGAUGUUGUAAAACUACAAGGUUUCCAGCAAAGUAAGCUGGCUGUGGCCCAUCUUUUGACAGGAUCAGAAGGAAAUUACAUCGAUCUGUUCAAGCAAAAGAUGCAAAGAAAUGAGCUGAUUCUCCGAGAUGAGCUGAAGCUGCUCCUUCACUUGUGUCAGACUCCAGAGGAAAUGCUGAUAGCCAGGGAUGCCAUCUACAGGUAUAAUGCAGAGAACCGUAACUUGUUGUAUGGGGAUUUCAAGUUUGGCCCUGUCUUCAUGAGACUUUGCUACGAGAUGGGUCUGGAGGAAAUGGCUGCUGCAACAAUAACAGAUAAUGACAUGAAAGGAUUUUUCAUUGACACGACAUCCUUCAACAUUGCCGCUGACAUGUUGUUUAUUAAAGGUUCUUAUGAAAGUGCUAUGGAAGUACUAAGAACCAUGAGGGACCAACGUGUUCCAUUUAACAAAGACACAGUGACGCUGGUGACUGCUAUCUGCUAUAAGCUGAACACUACAGAAUCCUACAAGAUCUGCACUGGUCUGAUAGAAGAGGAACAAACCAAAGGGCACUUCAUCCCCCGACAUGCAUACUGCUUCGCUGUGGCAUUAGCUCUAAGAAGGAAUGACCUACAAAAAGCUCAGUCACUAUAUUUACAAAUUAUGAGCUCCAAGGGCAAAAUUUGCCAAAAUUUUAAGGUUGUAAUUCUAACAAUGUCAGGAGAAGUCACAGAAGCAGUUUCGUUCCUCUUGGCAGCCAUGUUACCUAAAAGCCCAACUUUUGUGAAGAAAAUGGAGUUUUCUCAAGAGGUGGUGGAUUUGCUUCGUUUGCGGAGCGACGGCAGGCCAAUUAAAGGGAAAGUAGAUGAGAUCGUAACUCAGCUGGAAAGAGGCGGUCAAGUGACUCAGCAGACCCUUGAUGAGAUGCUGUGUCAUGCCCCCACUGGGAAGAGGAAACCGGCGCUGUUGGAGGAGGUGAGCAGGAAAAGCCGAAGGACUCUGAGACCUCUUCAGUUCACUUUGUUGUCAGAGUGAGUCCUGGACCAGGUCAGAAUCGGCCGACCUGUAUGUUCAUCGUGAGCUGAUACGGACCGUCAGGGCUCUUCUUGUUGCCUCAUUUCUAUUAUCAGUGUUCUAGAUUCACUUCUGAAGCAAGCACAAAGAUGUAGAGGAGAAAAACGCACUAGAAUGACCAUUUUAUUUUCCUUCUACAUGAUAAAACUUCCACACCCUUUGCAACAGAGUAUCAGCUGUAACUAACUUAUAUCUAAGCUGCCCUUAAAGAAAUCUGACUAAGUUCACACUUGUGUCAUUUAAAGUUGUUGGCAGAUAUAUUUUUUAAAUUGCAUAUGUAAAUCUAAGCUAGCAUAUAGUCUUGAGUGGUGUUGGUAAUCUGCAGAUACAUUAUCAACUUGAACACCCACAGUCUGCAGGCAUGUCUUUGGACUCGUGGCUUUCCUGACACAAACAAAAAUGGUCCCUGGAAGAAGAGAAACAUCAUGUUAGACGUGCUUGCUGAUAAAUGUCAGGAGUCCUUUUCUGAAACUGUGUUUGAACAGACUGGGAGUGUAAAUGAGAGAUGUGUGAGACGACGUAUGAAAGGUUUAGUAAUAAAAACAAAAGAAAAAGAAUAAAGAAAUGCUUUUGUUUAUUUC